CAUAUUAAAAGUUAAAGCAAAUAAAAAAUUAUGAAUGUAUUUUUAUUUCUGCCACGAUAAACAAGCAAAUAAAAGAGAUUUCCAAGAAAAUUAUCACACGGCAGCGGUGUUCACACGAGAAUUUGAAGAUUUGUGUUUCCUUGACGGUGUCGAAUGAAUGAUCACAGAACCGAUAUCAAGAAAUACAUGAAGAUUCCAGCUUUUGUCUUUGGCUAAAUUCACAGCCUGCUCAGUAAACCUCCCAUUGCGGCAUACUCUUUUGAGGAAGAGAGUGAUAUUAAUAGGUUAAUGGAGGUGGCAGAGUUGAAACAUGUUCAGAAUGAGAAGGUCUGUGUAAACAGAAAAUCCCUCGAAGCAUUGCUCCAGCAAUGUCAGCUAGCCCUACAGCAGCUUGCAUCUGGUUGUGAAAAUGCUGAAAAUGGUCUUGUUGUUGAACAUGAUACUCCCCAAGGCUUUACUGACACUAGUGCCGUUACUGGUUGUGACUCUGACACGACAAAGUUAUAUAGUCUUCUUAAAUCAAGAUUUCAGUGUGAUGAUUUCCUCGAGAAUUUUAAAAAUGUUGGGGCAUUGCUUCCGCAAGAUAUGGCUGAGGAAGCCAGUUCAUGGGAAGUGCUUAACAAAAAUGAUCUUUGGGGAGCCAGAGAUGUUGAGGCUGAAAUGGAAGAUUAUGUCUUGGUUCAGCAAGAAGAUAUUGCUGAGGGUAUAGCCUCAUUCAUGGCUGCAUAUCUUUUGUCCCUUGAACGAACUAAGGACAUGUCCCCAGAUCAGCUUCAACAGGCUCUAAACAAGACAUUUUCUUUGAAAAAGAAGAAGAGCAAGCUUAGGAAAGCAUGGGAUGGAAGCAUGGUGAUUUAUAAUGUAGCUUCGUGGGGAGCGACAGCCGUUGGAGUAUACCAAAAUCCUGCUCUUCUCAGUGCUGCCUCGACCGUUCUAACAACUUCCCUCCGCACUAUAUCAAAUCUACUGUGAGAUCCAUCCUCAACUCCACAUGGUAAACUGCUCGAAAGCACUUCAGGCUAAGUGUUGCAUAGAUUAGUUAAAUGUACAUACUAAAUCAUUUUGUCUGAAGUGUUCUGAUCCUGUAAAUAGUUCCUAACACUCUUGAAACAACGAAAUGUCAUACUUGUAUCUGCCAACAGUUAAGAUUAAAUACAUUCAUGCCUUUUGGAGUUUGGGAACAUAUCUAAAUGAGAAUCUGUAGUGUUAAAAUGAUGAAAGUAUUCUUCUACAAGCA